GCAAACCUACGCCCUUAUUUAUUUUGACUUGUCAAAAACCUAUAAAAAGUUCUACACGAAUAUGUAAAUUCUAUGAGCGCGCCAAAUCUUCUUUACUUUACGGGGUUUCUCAGCCAACGUGAUGGAGCAACACCGCCCCCUUCUGCUGCAAUUACGAACACACCUGCUGAAUGAAUUUUACUGCGUGUUACCUGCUCAAGUGGGCGCGGCAUAGGGGCGGUCUUCUUUACCUCCACCUCCACUGCUAGAGAGACGCCGGCCAGCCACACGCUGCACUAUUCGCUCCACUCAGGCUGGAGAGAGGACGACAUGGAGAAGACAGGUGGAAGAGGCGACUUCGAAUGGGUCUAUAACGACCAGCCUCACACGUCGAGGAGGAAAGAGAUACUUGCCAAGUACCCUGAGAUCAAGUCCCUGAUGGGUCCAGACCCCCACCUGAAGUGGGUGGUGUCGGGCAUGGUGCUGUCCCAGUUCCUGGCCUGCUACCUGGUGCGCGAUCUCCCGUGGAAGUGGAUCUUGUUUUGGGCGUACGCGUUCGGCGGCUGCGUCAACCACUCGCUGACGCUGGCCAUCCACGACAUUUCGCACAACGUGGCUUUCGGCAACAAGCUGGCCAAGUGGAACCGCUGGUUCGCCAUGUGGGCCAACCUGCCCAUCGGCGUGCCUUACUCGGCCUCCUUUAAGAAGUACCACAUCGACCACCACCGUUAUCUGGGGGGAGACAAACUGGACGUGGACAUUCCUACGGACCUGGAGGGCUGGUUCUUCUGCACCCCGACCAGGAAGCUGGUGUGGCUCUUCCUGCAGCCCUUCUUCUACACCCUACGCCCGCUGCUGGUCAACCCCAAACCCGUUUGCAAGCUGGAAAUCCAGAACUUUGCCGUCCAGCUGGCGGCGGACGCCGUCAUCUACUAUCUGUGGGGCCUCAAGCCGGUGGUUUACCUCGUCGCGGGGUCCAUCUUGUGUAUGGGACUGCACCCGAUAUCUGGACAUUUCAUAGCUGAGCAUUACAUGUUCAUGAAGGGACACGAGACGUAUUCCUACUACGGAGCGCUCAACUUGAUCACCUUCAAUGUCGGCUAUCACAUGGAGCACCACGAUUUCCCAAGUAUACCUGGCAGUAAGUUACCUCAGGUGAAACAGAUCGCGGCCGAGUACUACGACUCGCUUCCUCAGCACACGUCGUGGAUGCGAGUCCUGUGGGACUUCGUGUUUGACGACAGCAUCGGCCCCUACGCCCGAGUCAAGCGCGAGUACAAGCUGAGCAAGACUGAUUAGAGCGGACCGAAGAAGGGCCACCACCUUCACGCCACUGUGAAUUUCAUUGGUUAACGCAGUCCACGUGACGUUCACUUUCAAUGCUUUUGACACCUUAUUUAGUCUCUUCUCUUACCGUCGAACAAGUUAGAAAAGAUUGACACAUUUCCGUUUUUCACAGCGCAAGAAUUUUCACUUGACCACAAAUAAUCGUUUUCAACAGUGAACAUUUAAAAAAAAAAAAAAAAAAAAAAAAAAAAAGGUCUACAUUUUCAUGUUACUUAAUAUUGUUGGUCCCUUUUGCUGCCAGGCCUCUAAAGUGUGACAUCCUGGUAGUGACUGGGUUCAUCCAUGUUACUCCGUUUCCAUGGCGACUCUGAACUUGACUUUUUCCAGAAGUUCAGAGCGGUCGCCAGUGAGUGUGAAAAGACGAGCUGAGUUCAGAGUCCCUAAAUGUUUCAUAAAGGCUAGCAAAGCUAACAAAUUGUGCUGGUGAUUCACACACUUUUUGGCUUCACCAGCUUCAUCUGCUGCAGGGCUGCUCUAUCCCAUAACCUUGUUGUCUGUUUUUUUCCCCCCCUCAGAUGUUGUGAUUUUGUUAUUUGUAUUUAAAUGUAAAGGAAAAAUUAAAAACAAAUUGGAUAUGGAAUUUGAAUGUGUGUGCUUGUGUUAGAACUCGUUAGACCUCCUAUGAGUGAAUAAAAUGAAAAAACAAACUUUUUAACUAUCUAAUAACACCAAGAGUGAUGGAAGAAAAUAUGUGUACAGUACAUAUAGAGUGAGGAAAAUAAGUGUACUAUGAUUAGGGCUGUCAAAAUUAUCGCGUUAACGGGCGGUAAUUAAUUUUUAAAAUUAAUCACGUUAAAAUAUUUGACGCAAUUAACGCACAUGCCCCGCUCAAACAGAUUAAAAUGACACUACAGUUUAAUGUUCGAUUGUUACUUGUUUUUUGGUAUUUUGCGCCCUCUGCUGGCGUUUGGGUCCAAAUGAUUUUAUGGGUUAGUACCAUGAGUGAGCAUGGUGUAAUUAUUGACAUCAACAAUGGCGAGCUUCUAGUUUAUUUUUUGAUUUAAAAUUUUACAAAUUUUAAUAAAACGAAAACAUUAAGAGGGGUUUUAAUUAGGGCUGUCAAAAUUAUCGCGUUAACGGGCGGUAAUUAAUUUUCUAAAUUAAUCACGUUAAAAUAUUUGGCGCAAUUAACUCACAAAUGCCCCGCUCAAACAGAUUAAAAUGACAGCGCAGUUAAAGGUGUACUUGUUGUGUUUUUCGGAGUUUUGCCGCCCUCUGCUGGCGCUCGGGUGCGACUGAUUUUAUAGGCUUCAGCACCCAUGAGCAUUGGUUAAGUAAUCAUUGACAUCAACAAUAACGGGCUACUAGUUUAUUUUUUGAUUGAAAAUUUUACAAAUUUUAUUAAAACGAAAACAUGAAGAGGGCUUCAUUCAUUCAUUUUCCAUGCCGCUUUUCCUCACGAGGGUCGCGGAGGUGCUGGAGCCUAUCCCAGCCAUCUACGGGCAGUAGGCAGGGGACACCCUGAACUGGUUGCCAGCCAAUCGCAGGGCACAAGGAGACAUACAACCAUUCACGCACACAUUCAUACCUACGGACAAUUUAGAGUGUUCAAUCAGCCUACCAUGCAUGUUUUUGGGAUGUGGGAGGAAACCGGAGUUCCCGGAGGAAACCCACGCAGGCACGGGGAGAACAUGCAAACUCCACACAGGAAGGCCGAAGCCCGGGAUUGAACCCUUGAUCUCAGAACUGUGAGGCAGAUGCGCUAACCACUAAGCCACCGUGCCGCCUGAAGAGGGGUUUUAACAUAAAAUUUGUAAAACUUGUACUAACAUUUAUCUUUUAAGAACUACAAGUCUUUCUAUCCAUGGAUUGCUUGAACAUAAUGUUAAUAAUGGUAAUUCUUGUUGAUUUAUUGUUAUAAUAAACAAAUACAGUACUUUUGUACCGUAUGUUGAAUGUAUAUGCCCAUCUUGUGUCUUAUCUUUCCAUUCCAACAAUAAUUUACAGAUAAAUAUGGCAUAUUUUAUA